AGCGAUGGACUCAAAGGUUUGUUUGAAUUGACCCCUUCACAGAUUCAAAAGCUCAAACAAUACGGAAACUCAAAGGUCAAAGUGGCUGUUCUUCUGUCAACAUUUUCUGUUACGUGUGCGUAUGUGUUAGCGUGUUGGGUCAAAGCGAACCAAGUGAAGGAUGAAAAUGUGCUGUGCAUAUUUUCUGUUGACUGUAGAACGCGCUUGGAUCCUCCAAUUCCAGCCACGUAUUUUGGAAACUGCGUUAAAGGAGAAUUCGUUGUGGCUUUGACUAAGGAGUUGAUUGGAAAAGAUGGGUUCAUUUGUGCUUUGGAGAGGAUAGUUGAGGCUUUGAAUAGGGUGAAGGAAGAGGGAGUUUUGAAUGGAGCAGAAAAAUGGGUUUCGAGUAUGCAUGACCCUUGGGAGGGUAGAAUUAUUUCUACUGUUGGGUCUCCGUUGUUUGAGGUUUAUAGCAUUGAUUUUGGGUGGGGAAGGCCAAAGAAGGUGGAUAUGUUAUCCACAGACAAAACAGGAGCAUUUUCUCUCAGUGAAAGUAGGGAUAUCAGUGGAGGAAUUGAGAUUGGAUUGCUGUUAAGUAAAAGUGAGAUGGAAGAUUUUACUUCCCUUUUUCUUCAAGGACUUGAUUCCCUUUAGAAAAUUGCAACCUUUCCGUCUAGUUAUGAUGGAUGCAGCACUUUUCCCACUCAUAAGAGCAAAUAUCUAUGUACCCACUUU